AUGGCUUAUGAGCUCUCUAUCGAAAUAUUUGGGCUAGGGGAAGACCCGAGACACCGGUCCCACUGGGGGUUCGUGAUCAACCGACCAUCCCAGCUUGUCGGCGAUCUGCUCCACGUCAAGUUACUCGACCUCGACAGGCUUUGGUACGAGUUCGAGCCGCGGAUGAGCACCCCGUUGGUCACCAUGCAGGCGGUUGGGAAGGUCAAACUGGGCGAGCUCACCGAUCUGCAACGACAGGAGGCGAUCAGGGUGAUCAGUUCGGAGCGGGCACCAAGGGAUGGAAAGAAGAAAUGCCAAGAUUGGGUGUUUGACACCUUGCUGUCCCUGGAGGUGAACGAGCUCGUCCCACCCGGCACCUGUCAGUUCUGGAAGGGGAUGGUCGGAAAGCCAGCAAGGUCGGUUCGAGGCGCGGUGGGGGACAAGUGGAUGGGUCUGAAAAAAUGA